AUGGGGUGCUGUGCGAGCAAAGCUGCAGAAAGCUUGUCCCGUGCUGGGCAUGAGAGAUACGCCCCCAUGUGGGUUGUGAAAGUAACGGACGUCUUGAAGAUGCAAGGACCGCUUCGUCCACAUCAGACCUUGAUGGACGAGGGUUUGCUUGUUUGCUGGGAUGAUGCCAAGGCCAGGAACCACUUUGUGAUAUUUGUGUCACAUCAGUGGCUGGGUCUUCGACACCCCGACCCAAAUGGUGUACAGUUGAAGGUUUUACAAGAUGCCUUGAAGAACGUCAUUACGGGGCAGAUAAAGGUCCAAACCGAUUUCAUUUCCGAUCUUGCAGGGGCCCAGCGGACGUUGAGAGCAGAUGAACGCAAACAGAUUGAAGAUGGCUACAUUUGGUUUGAUUACUUUUCUGUUCCCCAAUGCAUGGAUGCUUCCAUUGCACCAGUAAGACCGCAUUCCGUCGAAGCGCAGACGUACAUCAAGAGCAUCCCUGACUAUGUGGAUACUUGCCAGAUGUUUGUGGCAUUGGUCCCCAAGGCCACCACCGUCCACUCCAUGAAGACCUGCGAUUAUCGCAGCUGGCUUCAGAGGGGCUGGUGCCGCACAGAACUGUGGUGCAAGCUCCUAUCUAGCAAUUCCAAGAUACCAGUUGCAGUAGUGACCGAUGCUGAGGUUGCCAAGUUCAUGUUGCCAAGGUGGAUGCGCUACCCAGCGCACUCGGGGGAUUUCACAGUUGAGGCCGAUCGCAGCACGUGCUGUGAAGUUGUUGACAAAGCCUUACGCAUGAAAUUGUUGGCGCUGCAAGCUGAGAAAAACAUGGCUAGAUUCAGAUUUUUCACUGGGCUGUACGAGCACAUGGUCGGCUUACCUCCAUUCCAGCGUAGACUCGAUGAGUUCAUGGCUGACUUUGCUUUGCACACAGUCAGAGACAAGGGCCUCGGACCUGUGGCUUGUGCAGUGUUGGCGCAAGACCGCGAAAUGCUUCGUAGCCUGGUGGAGCGGAGAGCUUCUCCACAUACAUCCUCACCAGCACUACCCGAUGUUGGUAUUCCGGAAGGUUGCACACCGAUUCAUUUCGCAGCACGCUCUACUUGCCUCGAAUCCUUGGAGACCCUUCUCCAGAUGCGGGCGGACCCUCAUAGUUCUUCCACGUUUCUGCCUACACCUUUGGGAUUCUGCAGGACACCAGCAGCCGUUGAAGUCUUGGUGCGGUACCAGGCAGAUGUGAAUUUUCCUGGAGGGAAGUACGCUUUGCAGUAUUUCCCUCUCCAGGUCGCCAUCGGCGAGCAGGCUCCACUCCCAGUGAUCGCAAAGCUUUUGGAACUCCGGGCCAACGUGAAUGGUGGUGAAGCGGGCACCGGAGGAGCUGGAAACGUGUCGCCCUUGGGUUUGCUUUCCUUUGGAUUUGAGGAGAAUCCAGAUCUCAUUGAGACCGCACAGCUCCUCCUUGACAAGAGAGCAAACGUCAACCAAGUUGCCCAGCUGCAGGGGCUUCCUCGCAUCAUGGAGCUGACCAGCAGAGCUGUUGCGAGUUAUCGACGAAACUCUUCAGAAUUUGUGAAAUGCACAAGCGCCUGGGGCUCAUCACCACUCGGUUAUUGUGUGGUGAUGGAGUGUGAAGAGCUCUUGGCCUUCCUUUGCACGCACGAGCCGAUCCCAGGCUUCCGAAAAGUCGAGGCCGCAGUGCUCUUGAUUUCGCUGCUCAGGCAAGAAGAAAGGUGCAGAGGAUUCUGA